GGUGCUGGAAAGGGGUGGGAGCAGCCACCAAUACUGAAACAUCUCAAGGGUGCAAGACUAGGAAGGUUCUGUGUGGAAUACUGCUGGACUGGACAGAAAGGCCAAGCCACAGCAGAACGUGCUGGAGGUCCCACAGGGGCUUGUCGGAAUCCUCUCUUGCUGAACGAAAAGGACGAUGGGUGCAGGCGCCAGUGCAGAGGAAAAACAUUCCCGUGAGCUGGAGAAGAAACUGAAGGAAGAUGCUGAGAAGGAUGCCAGGACAGUCAAGCUACUGCUUCUUGGAGCUGGAGAAUCAGGGAAGAGCACCAUUGUCAAACAAAUGAAAAUUAUCCACCAGGAUGGUUACUCAUUAGAGGAAUGCUUGGAGUUCAUCUCCGUUAUUUACAGCAAUACCUUGCAAUCCAUGUUGGCCAUUGUGAGGGCCAUGGGCACACUCAACAUCCAGUAUGGAGACUCAGCCAGGCAGGAUGAUUCCCGCAAGCUGCAGCACUUAGCAGACACCAUUGAAGAAGGCUGCAUGUCGAAGGAGAUGUCUGACAUUAUCUGCCGGCUCUGGGAGGACACUGGCAUCCAAGCCUGCUUUGAGAGGGCCUCAGAGUAUCAGCUGAAUGACUCAGCUGGCUAUUAUCUGAGUGACCUGCCACGACUAGUGGCCCCUGGAUAUGUCCCCACAGAGCAGGAUGUUCUCCGCUCCAGGGUUAAGACCACGGGCAUAAUUGAAUCCCAGUUUUCCUUCAAGGACCUCCACUUCAGGAUGUUUGACGUGGGCGGCCAGCGCUCAGAACGCAAGAAGUGGAUCCACUGCUUUGAAGGAGUCACUUGCAUCAUCUUCAUUGCUGCCCUCAGUGCCUACGACAUGGUCCUGGUGGAGGACGACGAUGUGAAUCGCAUGCAUGAGAGCCUGCACCUCUUCAACAGUAUCUGCAACCACCGCUACUUUGCCACCACCUCCAUUGUUCUUUUCCUCAACAAGAAAGACGUUUUCCAGGAAAAGAUCAAGAAGGCACACCUCAGCAUCUGCUUUCCAGAUUACGAUGGGUCCAAUACCUACGAGGAUGCCGGUGCCUACAUCAAGGUGCAGUUCCUGGAGCUGAACAUAAGGAAGGAUGUGAAGGAAAUCUACUCACACAUGACCUGUGCCACAGACACCCAGAAUGUCAAGUUUGUCUUUGAUGCUGUCACUGACAUCAUCAUCAAAGAAAAUCUGAAGGAUUGUGGCCUUUUCUGACUGCAGGUGGGUUUUCCUCCCUGGUUGGUCAACUCUAUGC